AUGCUGCCGCUGGUCGGUUUCCUCACAAUGUCGGCAAUCUGGGUGGUGGCAUGGGCCGGGCUGACUUCGCCUCUCGGCGCCAGUUUGGGAAAUGAGUCGCCUCGCGAAAUCCUAUCUGUACUUCCACUGCAUGUUGUUACGAGACGUCCGAUGGACGAGUUUUCUCCACGGGUGCGUACAAGACUUGGUCGUUACAAGCCUGAGGACGAUGUCAGUAACGAGACUCAGAGGUUCUUCACCGAAGAACGGAUGGGAAAAAGAAGCAUUGCUCUCGGUAGAAGCGGAUUUCGUCCCGGUAAGAGAUCGGACUCGCUCGAAAGUCAUGGAUUAAGGCCCGGAAGAGGGUCAUUCGACGAAAUACCGGAUUCUCGUGACCUCGUGUAUCUUAAAUAUGAGGGUAAACGCUCAAUGGCUAUGGGAAGAAUGGGCUUCAGGCCAGGAAAGCGAAGUACGAGAAUGCGACGAAGUGAUCUUCACCCCGGAAAAAACAUCUUCGUUGGACACGAUGAGUCAUUUUUAAGACCAGCUAAACGCAGCAUGACAAUGGACGAUGUUUCCUUUAUGCAAGGAAAACGUCCCGUAACAACUGGAGGUCUUGAUUCCAGGUGA